AUAUCAGCCUGGGCGGACUGUCAAAAUAUAAAUUUGUUUUCAUUUUACCGAAAAUUUGCUAGUCUUUGAUUUUUCUGAAAACUCGCACCAACAAUUAUUGUCACUCUUUUCUUAGCACCAGCAAAUGCUUUUCGACUACAAAAAGUUAGUCUUGUUUGUGGCAGCCUAAAAUUAUUUUCCAGUGUCUUUAUAGUUCGACAUGUUUUUCUAAUUUGUAGACUAAUUAUACUUUGCCUGAUUUCCGAUUAAAUUUUCAUUUGGCCACCAAAUCACCCAUAUGUUUGUGGUGUUUUAUCAUUGAUCAUUUUAGAAUUAGUUUUUAUCUCUCUGGUUAUAAGGAAAUGUCUGGUUAUGACACUCGAUUAUUAUCCCACCGUCCUCUUUUGAGAACAAACGAGGUUCAAUAAUUGAAUAGAAAAAAGUGACAGCACUACAUUUUCUGUAGAAACUUUUCAAGCUAUUACUUUUUUUCUUUCACUUCUUUCCAUCAAAGAUUGUAUACAAAAUUUGAAAACCCAGAUCAAAUUUUUGUUUUCAUUUUUCAACCAGAAUUGUAUCAAAAUUGAUAUUUGCAUUCGAUGAAAGAAUAAAAAUCUUAAUUACACCCAGAGAAUUAUGAGAAGAAAUAUGCAGCUGCUCAUCGUCCGGAUGGUUGCAACGGUGUCUCCACAAAGCCCAAGCCAAAUUAUUGUCUCGCAGUCGGCAAAAUGGACUCCUACCCCGCGGAGCCUACUGAGAACACUGUCGAAUGUGUGAAACAUGUUCUUUGUGAAAGUUCAUCCGAACACGAACCAGUCGAAAGUUCAGAAUUAAGCUCCUUGACAAGUCCUUGCAAAAAAGUUAAACCGAAGCUCAAUCGAAUACUAAUGAAGAAAGCAGUCUUAUCAGCUAUUGCAACCAAAGCAAGACAGACUGAACAAGCGUACCAGUUUUUUUCCGACAACCAGUUUUCACGCCGGUUUUGCGCCAAGUUUUACUCAGAUAACAGAGACCCAGAGGUGUGCAAGGGUUGUGGAUUCCCAGAAAAUGAACACGUAAAGAUUUUGUCCCCGCUUAACCGAUGGGCGGCAGAUAGUCUGGAAUGGAAACCCGACUUCCAUCUAAUUAACGAACCCUACCCGAACGAGACCCUCAAAAUCCGACUGGUUGACGAGCCCGCUGGCAUAGACAAAAGCGCCGACUUGAUGAUUAUAGCCGACAACACACACCCUGGCAUGCCAGUUCAAGUUUUGGUCGAGCGAUGGAAAGUCCCGGUUCCAGAUUUCAUAGUUUCUGUGAUCGGGACAACGCACGAAAGUCCAGUAACUCCGGAACAAUUUCAAUAUUUCAAGCCAGAUUUCAACCGAGCAGUGUCUAGCAGUAAUGUGUGGGUGAUUGGAGGAGGAAGUUUGCACGGAGUUGACAAACUUGUCUCUGAAUGUCUGAAAGAGGUCCAGUUGCAGGCUUGGAUGGGCUUGAGUUCGAAGAAAUUAGAUGUGAUUGGAAUUGUGAACUGGGACUGCUUCGAAUCCAAUCAUGCCGCCAACACGCUGUACUUCGGAUCAGAAUAUCCCAUGAGCAGAUUCAGUCCGGAUCAGAAGUUUUCCUACUUUGUGAAGAAGCGUAGACCAGACUGGGACGCCCAGACUGGCAAACUGUCCUUCACCCUUAACCCCCUCUUCACAAACUUCAUUGCCAUCCAAGGGGGUGUGAAGGGAAAACUGCACCAGGAAACCAAUCUGAGAUCCUCAAUUGAAAAUCUACUUUCCAACCCACUCCUGGAGAAAUCCCUGCUUGAAAACACCAAAACUAUCCCUCAGACCCUGGUCGUGCUGGGAGGUGAUGUUGGAACUCUGGACCACAUCGCCAACUCGUUGAUCAACGGCAUUCCAGCUGUGUUGUGCCAGGGAUCCGGAGGCAUCACUGACGUCAUAAUUGGGGCACUUCGAAUGACUAAAGGAAUUUUUUUUUCUUCAUUAGCUUUUUCAUAUUUAUUCUUUAUGCUUCACUCAAGUAAUAAAACGUACAAAAAUUGGAACUAUUUCUCAGGAAUUUUUUUUGCUUGAAUAUAUUGCCA